AUGAACCCAAAAACUACUUCCUCCGUGUCCAAACCAACAAGCACGACGCGUGCGACGAUCGAGACACCGCUGCCAAAUCCUUCCCUGCAAGUCACUGCAGACCAAAAAUUAAAACUUCAGGAAGCACCUGUGUAUGCGCCAGCAGAAGGAGAAGUUUUGUUGCAUAUCAAAGCCACCGGCGUUUGCGGGUCCGAUAUCCAUUUUUGGAAAGCAGGAAGAAUAGGUUCUCUCGUCGUCGAAGGAGACUGUAUCCUCGGUCAUGAAGCUUCAGGAGUGGUUUUGCAGUGCGGUGAGGGCGUUACAACUUUGCAACCCGGGGACCGUGUAGCAGUCGAGCCCGGCGUCCCGUGCGGAACAUGCUUCUUGUGUAUGGACGGACGCUACAAUCUAUGCGAAGAUGUCCAAUUCGCUGGUGUUUACCCUUAUGAUGGCACUGUACAGAGAUUCAAAUGUCAUCCUGCACGGUGGUGCCAUAAGCUGCCUUCCAACAUAUCGUAUGCUGAAGGUGCGCUCCUCGAGCCACUCUCUGUGGUCAUGCACGGUAUCAAAUCUGCAGGCCUUUCCCUAGGCCGUGGCGCUGUGAUAUGCGGUGCAGGGCCCAUUGGUCUCAUCGCAUUGGCAGCAGCGAGAGCAAGUGGGGCCCACCCGCUUGUCAUUACGGAUCUCGAGCCAAAACGAUUGGCUUUCGCGAAAAGUUUUGUGCCUUCGGCUUAUACCUAUCAAGUUGACCAAAAUCUUGAUGCGUUGGGUAACGCAAAGAAGAUUAGGGAGCUGUUUGACUUUGAGAAUGUGGGCGAGUAUGGAGCGCCAGAGACCGUGCUUGAAUGUACGGGCGUGGAGAAUAGUGUUGUCACUGCAGCCUAUACAGCCCGAAGAGGUGGGACUGUUAUGGUCAUUGGUGUUGGGAAGGAAAUCAUGAAUAAUCUGCCAUUCAUGCAUUUGAGUCUAGCUGAGAUUGAUCUGAAAUUCAUCAAUCGUUACCGCGACACCUGGCCAGCUGGUCUUCAGUGCUUGGCGGGUGGCAUACUAGACCUCAAGCCACUUGUCAGUCACACAUUUCCACUAGAAAAGGCACUAGAUGCCCUGCAUACAUGUGCCGACCUAAGCAACGGAAGUAUCAAAGUUCAAAUCAUUGAUGAGGUAAACGAUGUGCUCUAG